GAUAAAUAUCUCAAUACUAAUUGACAUAAGGAUUUAAUUGAAUUUCCAUCAUUCUCAUUAUUGUAACAUAUCUUCAUCUUGAUAUUAAAUAUUUUCCCCUUUAUAUUUUUAUUAUUAAUUAUUAUUAUUAUUAUUAUUAUAAUAAUACUAAAUUUCGUUAUGUGGAGUAAUACUAAUGUCUAUCACCAUUCUAAUGAUCUAAAGAGGAGGAAAUCACAACAAGCGUUCAAGUUUUUUCAAGACUCAUCAUCGAAUGGAACUCGCAAGCAAAGUUUAAAGGAACCGAUUCAAUCAACUGUAAUCGUACGAUUUAAUUAUUCGUAAUCGAGAAAAAAAUAAAAAUAAUCUUUUUUACAUAGACACGAUUUGAUUACUAUAUAAGAAUUAAACAAUAAUAUAUUUUCAACGGGGGUUUAUCAUUAGUUUCCGCAAGAGGAAUGUCAUGGAAAUCUAAAGAACGUUUUUACAUCGUCACCAAUUUCCAAUAGUUUAAAUCUAUCGGAUAAAGAAAUAAAUAGAUCAACGAUGGAUCAAUCUUAUCUAUCGAACGAACAAAAAUCAGGAGAUUGGAAAUAUGAUUCCAAGGAAUUUUGGCAGACAAUAGAACUUGCUUUGACGGAUAAAAAAUCUACUCAAGAAGCAACCAUAAAUACAGAAAUUAAAUCUAGAAAUCCAUAUAGCAUUUCUAAUUGCAAUAAUCAAAUUCAAUUUAGUAAUAAGAGUGGUAUGGAAAUGACAGAUGAUUUCAGUCUUAAGGAAUCCGUCAGUAUUACAAAUAAAAAGCCAAAGACACUUUUGUUAAACAUAAGAGAACAUUUAGCAAAUUAUCAAGAAUCCAAUGGUAUUCCACGCACAGAAUAUCCUUUCAGGGAUCUUGUUAAGGUCAUGGGUCAAGCAACAGGUCGAUCAUUGAUUGCUCUGCUUUAUAUUAUCGUUAAUAUUGCUCCUAUUGCGGAAAUAUUUCUCUACAUCCUACGAUUUAUAUUGGACAAAUUGAUAAACAUAAAGAAUACUAACAAUAUUAGUCAAAUGGUUAUCAAAUACUUGAUACUGGUAAUACAGUUGUUCAGUAUUUACGUUUGUUUAACUUUCAUAUUUGGUUUAAUCAUUCUGCCAAUUUUAUACAUGGUUCUUCAUAUAGUAGCAAAAGUUCUAUCGUAUAAUUACUGAUGAUAAAGAAAGAAAA